AUGGAAGCACCAGGAGGUCUUCGUAGGAUGCCCCGAGGGGAGAGAUGCCCUGAAUGUGGUAGCCAGAAAUGGUAUCUGCAGGACGGGCUGAGAUUUUGCGCCCGAGGCCAUCAAGUCGAAGGCUUUGUCCAAUUUGAUCUGGGUGAUAUUGAAGACUCUGGUAAAAUGGGAGCCGUGUCUCGGCGUGAAAAAGCCCCUAGAGAUCAACGAAGAAGGGCGCCGCUUACUGGCCAGGCUGGCAGAGAUCUUUAUCUUGAAUCCCUUCAAUUGAUUAUCAGAAGCCAAUUAGCAUGGCUCAUCAACGAGAAGGGGCAUAGAGAAGAGCUUGAGACUGUCGUUCGCGACUUAUGGGACUUGCGAAUUAGAGGAUCCAAUUCUGGCUUGGGAGAUGACACCCACGAAGAAGAGGAAUUGGAGAUUUUCAGCUCUGAGCCUCCCCAGGGCUCGGCCUUGGCAAACUGGCAGCGACAAUCCAGAAAGCAAAGCUGGGAUCCUGAAUUGGGCUCGCGGUGGCCGUUGCCGCGUGUGCCCGAUACGCUCGCCAUCUGCUAUCUGGGCUGCGUCCUCUUGAGAAUACCUACGCACCUUGGUGAAAUCAUUCGAUGGGCUAAUAAUGGCAGUCUUUUAUAUAAAAAAUGCUACCACUCGCUGCCCCAAGAAAUGCGCGAUAGGUUGCCCGCUCCCUAUAUCAAGCUCCUGAAGCUGCCAUUUCGCUCCCCUGUGGAAGGUGAUGGGCUGCACAAGGUCGUUAUGGACUUUGUGCUCUCAUACCAUUUCAAUUACAAUCUAAUCUUCCCAGAGAUCAAUCAUGUUCCAGAAUUGAUACAGUUCGCAAAGGAGCUUGCGCUACCCAUUGACUCCAUCAUUAUGGCUCGUAAACUGGCAUCUAUCCUGGGGUAUCAGUUCCAAUUCCCAAUCGAGAGGCUGUCGAAUACUCGAUUGGAUUAUCCAGAGAUACGGCUGAUAGCCUUGCUCAUUGUUGCUACCAAGCUCUCUUUUCCUUUUUCUGAGGAUACUUCAAUAUCCCAGCCUGCCAAUUUCGACUCUGUCGAGAUGCCUAAACUUGACUGGGAGAGAUGGAGACAGGGGAAACAUGGUCUACCAACACAGCAAGAGACAAAGACUGGCAGGUAUGACUUCAACAAGGUCACACCCAGCCAAAUAGUCUCUAUGGACGAUGAGGAGCUCGACGCGUACUUUGCUCACGUCUCUAGUCUCAUCGAUGUCACUAGCGAUAACCCGAUAACGAAGUUCUUCCCCGUAGAAGACUUACCAACAAGCAUCAAUCAAGUCGAUGAUAUUUCCACCAUGGAGCUGGACGAUGCAGUCAAAAAUCUUCUAUCACAGACUAUUAAAUACGAUUCAUUCAGCUCGAUCGAGACAGCCAAAAGCACGACGAUGCCUAUCUCGAGAUAUGAAGCCUUCCGUAAUGUUGACCAUCUCAAUCAGACAGCCUUCGAUCUGUACAAAGCAGCAGUGCAGAUUUUCGUGAAGACCCUGACGGGCAAGACCAUCACCCUUGAGGUCGAGUCCUCCGACACGAUCGACAAUGUCAAGUCCAAGAUCCAGGACAAGGAGGGAAUUCCCCCGGAUCAGCAGCGAUUGAUCUUCGCUGGCAAGCAGCUCGAGGAUGGCCGAACCCUUUCUGACUACAACAUCCAGAAGGAGUCUACCCUCCACCUGGUUCUCCGUCUGCGUGGUGGUAUCAUUGAGCCCUCCCUGAAGGCUCUGGCCUCCAAGUUCAACUGCGACAAGAUGAUUUGCCGCAAGUGCUACGCCCGUCUCCCUCCCCGUGCUACCAACUGCCGUAAGCGAAAGUGCGGACACACCAACCAGCUUCGUCCCAAGAAGAAGCUCAAAUAA